AUGGCGGCUGCCACCUCUUCCACUCUGCAGGCGCGACUUUCAUCCGCGCAGCCGCUGCUCAAAUCUCAUCAACACUCAACAAGGGCUUCGAAUUUGAUCUCACUCUCUUCCCAAUUGAAGUCUUUCUCGUUCAAAUCGUUUCGUAAAAGAGAGAGGCAUUUGCAGAGAGUUAGUGCUGUUCUGAAAACCGAGACCGAGACAGACAAAAUGGAGGUUGAUAUCAGUUUGAGCCCUAGAGUAAAUUCAGUUAAGCCUUCAAAGACAGUGGCUAUUACAGACCAGGCAACUGCACUCGCACAAGCUGGUGUGCCCGUUAUUCGUUUAGCCGCUGGCGAGCCUGAUUUCGAUACCCCAGCUGUAAUUGCUGAGGCUGGAAUUAGAGCAAUUCGUGAGGGAUACACUAGGUAUACUCCUAAUGCUGGUACAUUGGAACUCCGGAGUGCUAUUUGUCACAAGCUAAAAGAGGAGAAUGGGAUAUCAUAUACACCGGAUCAGAUUUUAGUGAGUAAUGGGGCUAAACAAAGUAUUCUUCAGGCAGUUCUUGCGGUUUGCUCCCCCGGAGACGAGGUUCUAAUUCCCGCCCCAUUUUGGGUGAGCUACCCAGAAAUGGCAAGAUUAGCCGAUGCAACCCCUGUGAUUAUUCCUACACACAUAUCAGAAAAUUUCCUCUUAGACCCUAAGCUUCUAGAGUCUAAACUGACCGAUAAAUCAAGAUUGUUGAUUCUUUGUUCUCCGUCCAACCCCACAGGCUCAGUUUACCCGCGUAAAUUGCUCGAACAGAUUUCCGAAAUUGUGGCGAAGCAUCCCAGGCUUUUAGUUCUUUCUGAUGAGAUUUACGAACAUAUCAUAUAUGCCCCAGCAACCCACACGAGCUUUGCAUCUUUGCCUGGCAUGUGGAACAGGACUUUGACUGUCAAUGGCUUUUCAAAGGCUUUUGCCAUGACCGGUUGGAGGCUUGGGUAUAUUGCGGGUCCAAAACACUUUGUUGCUGCCUGUGGGAAGAUCCAAAGUCAGUCCACUUCAGGUGCGAGCAGUAUAUCACAGAAAGCGGCUCUUGCUGCUUUAGGAUUGGGCUAUGCAGGUGGAGAUGCAGUCUCGACUAUGGUCAAAGCAUUUCGUGAGAGGAGAGAUUUUUUGGUCAACAGCUUCCGAGAAUUAGAGGGCGUGAAAAUUUCAGAGCCUCAGGGAGCUUUCUAUCUAUUUCUUGAUUUUAGCUCUUACUAUGGCUCAACGGUUGAUGGCUUUGGGGUGAUCAACGGCUCCGAGUCCUUGUGCCGAUUUUUGCUCGACAAAGGCCUAGUUGCUCUCGUCCCGGGUGAUGCCUUUGGAGAUGAUAGCUGCAUUCGAAUAUCAUAUGCAGAGUCCCUCGACACUCUGCGGGCCGCAUUCGAUAGAAUUAAGGGAGCACUUAUUUCCCUUAAACCUACAAUUAAAACUAAUGUUCCUGCCAAAACCGGGCAAAAAUUUUGUGUCCUGGAGUUCGGAGCCAUAAUCGUUUGUCCUAAAAAGCUAGUCGAGCUCGAGAGCUACUGCACUUUAAUUAGGCCACACGACUUGUCAAUCGUGCCCGUGAGAUCCGGGCGUACUCAAGGCAUAACACGUGAGGCCAUUGCUCGUUCGCCUUCGUUUGAUGAGGUGGCGGAUAAGAUUUUCGACAUGCUGGAUGGAAGAAUAUGGGCCGGCCACAACAUCCAACGAUUUGAUUGUGUCCGGAUUAAGGAAGCCUUUGAUCAGGCUAACCGGCCCAGCCCGAGGCCCGCUGGGAUCAUUGACUCAUUGAGGGUGUUGACCCAGAAAUUUGGGAGGAGGGCUGGAAAUAUGAAGAUGGCAACAUUGGCUGAUUAUUUUGGUCUUGGCCAGCAGAAGCAUAGGAGUUUGGAGGAUGUAAGAAUGAAUUUGGAAGUCUUGAAGCAUUGUGCAACUGUUCUUCUGCUGGAAUCAAGCUUACCGGCAAAUGUAGUAAACGAGCAAUGGCACAACAAUUCAACUGUAACUACAAGAAGCAGAAGCAGCCUAAUGCAAUCCAGUCCAUAUAGAUUGAGCAACAAGGGUUUAGGUUUAGCAAUUACAGCAAAAUCAAAUAAUGGAAGAGAAGAACGAAGCCGAAAAUCGCCUCCUUCAUCGUUGAGUACUUCUCAACAAAGGGUUGUCCCUUAUGCAAGACAAAGAAUCGGAAAGGUUUCCUCAUUUUUCUCUAUUUUUUACAAGUUUUACAUUGAAUCAACUCUAAAAUUUGUGGCAUUUUCUUAUUUAUGA